AAAGUACUGUUCCUAAUAUUAAAGGUUUUGAAUUAAAAAAUAAAAUAAAGGUAGAAAAACAUAAUCAAAUUGUAGCAUGACUUAGCUUAAUGGCAGUUCAAUAUGGUUUAACCACUGUCAGCUACCACACAACCCUUUCUCUCCACACCAACCUAAUGAAAUGCACAUUCCAAAGUUGCAAUAUAGAAGCAACUACUAUUUUCUUCUUAUUCCAUUUCUUAAAAUAUUUUUCUUAUAUUUAAUUUAGUCAUUUUACUGGGUAGGUUAUCAAACUCCAAGUAUAUAUAUAAGAACUCUAUUGUGGUCCAAAUAGUUAAAACUCCUUAUCAUCAUGGAAAAGUUACUUUUGCUCUAUUGUUCUCUCCUCUUUUGUUUUGCAACUAUCACCUUCACAUGCUCAGCUACUACUUACACUGUUGGAGAUAGCUCUGGUUGGGACAUUAGCACAAAUCUUAAUACAUGGAUUACUGAUAAGAAGUUCAAAGUAGGAGAUGCUCUUGUUUUUCAGUAUUCAUCAGGCCAAAGCGUAGAAGAGGUUACAAAAGAAAACUUUGAGACAUGUAACACCAGCAAUGUUUUGGCAACAUAUGGGAAUGGUAACACAACAGUGCCAUUGAGAAAAGGUGGGGACAUAUAUUUUGUAAGUGGAAACAAGUUGUAUUGUCUUGGAGGAAUGAAACUUCAUGUUCAUGUUGAAGGUGAUGAUGACAAAUCAUUUGCUCCAACUAUAGCACCUAAGGCUGUGGCUGGAUCUGAGGAAAACACUGCCACACUUACAAACUCUCCUUCAUCAAAGAAAAACACACAUCUUUCAGCUGGAACUCUCAAUCAUUGCGCAAGGAAUGCACUUCAGUUUGUCUGUAUUGCUGUUAUGGUUGCUGCAUAUUUUAGCAUAUAAGGACUGUGACUAAAAUUUCUCUUUUGAAUGUUAUUUUGUAAUAUUGAUUGAUGAAGAAAAAGGUCAAAGUUUUGCUUAGUUUGGAGCAUACUUUGUACAUGACUGAGCACAUUAAAGGAUAUUCAAAUUCAUGUUGUUUUAACAACACUACCA